AUGAAGUUCAGCCUGUCCCUUUGGGCUCUGUGCCUCGUCCAAUGGACACAUGCGGCUACAGUUUUCUUUCCAGUUACCUUGACAUGGUCUAACAGAACUGUCGCAGGAGUGUCUAGGCAAGUGAUUUUGACAAACGGGCAGUUUCCUGGUCCCCCGCUGCGGAUCAACCAGGGGGACAAUGUUGAGUUCCUCGUUGAUAACCGGUGCCCGUUCAAUACAACUAUACACUUCCAUGGAAUUGAACAGCUGGGAACUCCUUGGUCUGAUGGAGUCCCGGGUGUCUCUCAGAGAUCCAUCACACCGAACACCUCAUUCCUGUAUAAAUGGACUGCAACCGAGUACGGAGCCUACUGGUAUCAUGCCCAUCACCGCGGCUCUCUCGAAGACGGCCUUUACGGACCGAUCUAUAUCACCCCUGCAGCCUCGGUGCAAAAGCCCUUCAGUCUUAUCACAACCGAUCCCGCUCAGCUGAGGGCUAUGAUCCGUGCGGAGAUCGUGACCUCUCCCGUUUUGCUUUCUGAAUGGCGUGUCCUCACGUCGGAGGAGAUAUGGGCUGCUGAGAUUGCGUCUGGCACAGACGCAUUCUGUGCCAAUGCUUUACUCAUCAAUGGCAAAGGGUCCAUCACUUGUCUGCCACGUGCUGAGAUUGAUGCCCUGACGACACCUGUCCAGAAAACGUCCUUGGGUGAUGGUCUUAAACUAACAGAUAUGGCAUGCUUCCCUCCUAAUAUCACUGAAACGGUGUUCAACUUCCCACACAACUACGCUGCCAUCCCCCCAACCAUGUUCGAAGGCUGCGUACCGUCACAAGGUCCCCAAGAAUUAUUUACUGUCAACGCAGCCAACCAAUACGUGAGCUGGGAUCUCAUUAGCACAGCCGGCCUGCUAGAGCUCACCUUCUCAGUCGACGAACACGACAUGUGGGUAUACGCCAUAGACGGACGAUACAUCGAGCCUCUCAAAGUCAACGCAGUCACCGUUCCAAACUCAAACCGAUACUCGGUUCUGAUCCCCCUCACCCAGCCAGCCGGAGACUACGCCGUGCGCAUGGUCAGCGCCAGCAUAAACCAGUUCCUGAACACGACGGCAAUAAUGCGAUACCAAGGCGUGUCGCAGCUAACCCGGCCAUCCAACCCGUGGAUCCAAAUCAACAACGCAGCCGCCAGGACAGACACCGUCUUCCUUAACGAGUCCAUCGUCGUCCCGUUCCCAGCGCUCGUCCCGUCAAACAAUAUCGCACAAACCUUCUUCCUGCACAUCAACCAAGUCGGCGUCGCCUACCGCUGGAGACUCGGUAAUUCCAGCUACGGCCUCGAGCUCGAGGAAGCACAGCCAUUGCUCUUCAACCAGAACUCUAUUCCCGGCGACUUGAUCGUCCGAACGAAGAAUAAUACCUGGAUCGACUUGAUUCUUCAGACGGAUACCAUCCUCCAGCCCCCGCAUCCGAUCCACAAGCAUUCGAAUAAGCAUUUCAUUAUCGGUCAGGGGAAUGGUACUUUUAGUUGGGGCUCGGUCGCGGAAGCGGUACAGGCUGUUCCUGGUAACUUUAAUUUGCAGACGCCCCAGUAUCGGGAUACUUUUCAUACGCUUCCGGCUGUCACGGGCUUGAGUUGGACGGCGAUCAGGUAUCAUGUUGUUAAUCCCGGGGCUUUCUUGUUGCAUUGUCAUAUUCAGGUUCAUCAGAGUGGGGGGAUGGUCUUGGCGAUGUUGGAUGGGGUUGAUGCUUGGCCUGUUAUCCCUGCGAAUUAUUCUAUUGCUGCUGGGUUCUAG